AUGGCCGACCACCCGGCAGACCCGGGUGAUGGGUCGCGCAUUCACACCUACCGAUUCGAUAAAAGCGCGCAUCAUGUGGUCCGCGGUGUCGCGGAGAUCACGCUUUUCGCCCACCGCAAUGGCGAAGCCAAUCGCUAUGUCAUCGCGACACAAAAGAACAAAAUCGAUAAAUUGAGGAAAGACAACGCAUUGAUUUUGGCUGAGCUGAAGCGGCCGGACGGCGGGAUGGAUAUGGAUGACAACCGCACCGCGCAUUCCACGACCGAUCAUGCUGCACCAUCUUCUUCUAUGUCAUCUACGCCAUCUGUUCGGCCUUCUUCGACAACAUCGUCGCGUUUUGGUUCGCUCUUCUGCUUUGUUUCGGCUCUGGUGUCAAACCUCAAUUGUUGCGCUCGCAAGAGUUCUGAUGAGCCGCCCAUCUCGAAUGUUAACGAGGAACAGCGCAGGGAGGGCGAUGAUUGCCAGAUCGAUUCUCGGCUGCUGACUGGCGCCUCGGCGAUGGAGGAAGCCAUUGAUCAACAAGGAGUUCGCGAGAAACCCAGCUUGGAUAAACCAGCGGAGUUCCUACAGAAGUUCCGAGUGGAGGGACGACGGUUGGCGGAAUUAAGAAUGGGAAUUUACAGCGACGAUCAGGUGGCGGUAAGGGAGAGCGCCGAGGUCGUGCAAUACAUUGGCAUUGUGGAGGAACACUUGAAGAAGAUGGCAGAAAAUUUGGCGCUCCUGAAAGGAGAUUUGAAAGAAGAGGGCAGCGCGGUGGAGAAGAACAAGAAGGUCAUCGAGAAACUGUACGCCGAGCACGAUGCUCUGUUGGCUACGUACGUGAAGCUCAGAGGCGAGGGUUCGCAUAGUGACAAAGAAGAAGACGGCCACGACACUCGUUUGGUUCCUCUGAUGAAGGCAACCGUCAUCGGCGCGCGCCGAGAUAUCAAGGUGGCCCAGGAUGGGAGCCUCCUGAAGCAGUACUUUACGCCGAAG